UGUACAGGUAUCAGUGUAGGACAACCUACCUGUGACAUACGGAUGUACUUACCUGUGUCUAUCCAAGACAUCUAGUUUACUCACCUGGAUACAAGAUUUGUUGUUUUUUAACCUGGAUUUAACUAGAUAGUACGGAUAUAAACGUUUGGUCACCUUGUGAAGUCAGCUGAUUGCAAUUUUUACCUGGAUUUAAACCGAUCGUGAUGAUUAAAAGCUGGGAUUACUGAUUGUACGAUGAUAGUAUUAAGGAUACCGUAGGAAGGGCCAGCUCCAGAGAGGUUGACCUCCGCACUCAGAGCUCUGCAUUGACACGGCAGAUGUGGCUACUUUAUGUUACAUUUGAGGAUUUUGUCUGCUUGAAGCAUCCUAACAAGUCCAAGGAACUAUUGACAACCAGUAUUGAUAUUGACGCCUACAUUUCUCUUGGCAGCAGUCCUGUGAGAAAACCACAACCGGUUACAAGCACGCCGAAGAAAAAAACCACUCGAUCAAAACGAGUUUUGUGUGAGGAUUUUAAAAACCAAGUUGGAUUUAAACCUAUUCAAGCUAAAGCGCGGUGCCCCACUCUUGUAGAUAAAGAGGCGAAUAACAAUAGGAGGUACAGCACUAGUGUUUCCUAUCAGAUAGCUAAAAUACAGUCGAUUGUGAAGAUUGAAACGCGAAACAAAACCAAGAACAAUCGGCAGAAACUCGAGCUUGAUGGUUCUAAAGUCGUAAAUUCAAUGGAGAUUGGCCAGUCCGAUCAGUGGAAUCGCGACCGAGAUAGAAUGCACGAUUUGAGAGAAGGGCGCUUCGCUAGUGUGGGGAGCACAGCCCAAGGUGCAUGUAGAUCACCGAGAUGUGUGAACGCUACUGAUAAGGCUGUUAAUUCGCGGGCCAUUGUCUCGGGAGCAGUGACGGAAUCACACGGGGUAUUGUUACGCGGAAGUGUACCGCGACAGAGCCAGAACAGUAGCACACUCGGUCCAAACAAUGGCCGGGUUCGGCGUUACAAUCCGCAGGUCGGGAUGGAAAAUAGGUGUCCCAGUCACACUGAUCGUCUUAAUCAGUCCCUAGAUCAGAUACAUGCUGUUGGUCGGUGUGUAAGAAACCCUGCACGGGUCGAAACAACUCAUAGUGGACCGAGAAUUGUGAACGUGCGGGCUCUCCAAGCCAUUACAGACAACGCUCUGCGCGAGGAUCCUUGUAUCACCAAUAAACUCAGCGUCCAGAGCAAGUGUUGGAACUCUCUCCGUCUACAGGGCAUCCUGCCGCUGGACAACAGUCGCUUUGACUUUGACACUGGACUUAUGAGUGAUCGCAUCAUGACGGACCCAUUACGUGUAUCAGUUAGACAUGACAUCUCAUUUAAUUCACAAGAUGGCGGAUACUUAAAUCCACGACCAGACAGUGUUGUGCCAAGGAGCAAACCCCCACAAACACUUUCACUGGACCGAGUUAAUAUGGCUGGACGAUCGGACAAAAAAAUUACGUCGACACCGGACGAUUCCGCUCAUGACGUCAGUGAGGAUAUUUUUCAUUCUAAUGAAUCGUCACCCGUUACGAUUUCAAGUGGAUAUGAAAGCGAUUCCCUCCACACGUGUGAGGCUGAUAUUGACCACAUUUUCUAUAAACGGAAUAAAGCCAACAACGCGCGUACCAAGGCGGAGAAAAUGGAGGGAGAUAACGAGCCAUUGACGGACUACUUUUCAAUGUCUGACUCUAAUCUUAACGCGGAAGUGACUGCGCCCCCUAACGGGGACAUCACUCCCACUUCCUUUCCUCAGACUGUCCUUUCAGGGAUGUCAGACAAUAAAGGAAAAGAUAAUUCUGUGCCAAAGGAUUUAAAAGCUAAUUCCAAAUGUCGGAAGCUGAAGCAAGAUAAAGUGCCUACACCCCAGCAGGGGAAUAGUGCUGUGUUUUCUCCUAAAGAGAGAAACAGUUACCAGCUGACUAAGGUAGCAAGGUCAAUGUUCGAGAUAAUCCACGACCUUCAGAACGAAGAAAAUGCAGCUGAAGGUAAAAAGAAAGGGAAGAAACCUCGCAGAAACACGCCUCCUUUAAAACCCGAAAGGUUGAUAGGAGACAACCCCAACAUUCCUUCGUCAUCAUCAAGCGAUACCACUCCUACUAACACAUGCACAAAAACAGGUCUGGGUCAAGAACAAUUUCAAGGUAAAAGAAAAGCCCAAAACCAAAGUGACAAUACAUUUUCAAACGUGAAUCGGGUUCCCCAACCUAAACAUUUCGACAGAGUGGUUGGCAAUCCGCCGAAGGUGUCAGUACGGUGUUUAAGGCGCCCCCUUGGGGCAGAUCCCUCUGACUUUGACCGCCAUGCGGCACUGCCACAUUCAGACAGUGCACGUGCUUCAACAAAUGAAAAUCCUCCAACAAGUGUUGGACAAACGAGCUAUUUGGAGGAGGACACUAGUGCUGCAGUUAAUGACAAUUCAACAGUGCAUUGGGAGGGAAGCGGAAGUGAUGUGCACCCUUUUCACCCAAAGGUACCCGAAAACGCGACCGAUCCUCACGUGGCCAUGAUCAAUCAAAACUGGACUACCAAUAUAAAUGACUGUAUGCCUUAUGCUACGACACGGCUUCCUGGGUGUCAAACACCUAAAAGAGAUCCCGAGGACAAUCACGUGUACGAAACAAUACCUGGGGAUGAAAUGCUGCCCUACGAAGAACACAUGCGCCUGCGCAUGAAUGGUAUUCCGGUAAAGUUGCAGCGUUUACACCCAGACUGCCCUUUUGUGCCGUACCAUCCUCCCGCUCUCCCCGCGAGGAAUGAUAAUAGAAUGCCCAAGUCUAGUGCCUUUAUGAACUCCAGUUUUAUCAUGCAUACUCAACCCUUUGUGCCUCAGAACCUCAUACAGUGUCCAAGAAAUCCCAGGACACAUUCACAAUCAUUUGUACCUCAGUUUACGUCACUUCAGGCUAAUCACCAUGGGGUGCUGUUAAACGCCCCGCAACAACAGAAUAUUAACCAAAUGGGAGUAAGUGGCACGUGUGCUUCGUCUGUCAGUAUCAAUUCUUCCAAAAAACAACCAAAACAACGUCCGACGUCACAGGAACUUCCGGUUAGACCACAUUGUUAUAAGCAAAAACGUCCCGUGUCAGAACAAUUAUCUCAAGCACACAAAGCUCCUGCUCAGCGGCGUCUGCAGCUCUUACAGAAACAACAGCUGAUUAGACAGCAACAGCAGCUGCAACUGCUCCAACAAAAACAGGAGUUAGAUAAGCAGCAGAAAAUAUUGCAACAAAAACAGCAACAACAUGAGAAACAACAGCAUCAAAAACAACAAUAUUUACUAAUGCGGGACUUUAAUUCUAAUGUUCCAGAAAGGGCUAGCUUUAGUGUGACGUCGACACAUCACCAUGUCAACAAGUCAAGGUCAAGGGCAAACUCAUGGGACGGUUAUGGCAGUUUGGAUCUCCGCAAGAUAAAUGACAACAUGUCUUUGAGUAAAGGAGCAUCCAAACUAUCGACCUCUGACCUUUUGGAUUAUAUUGAUGACAUCAAACAACCUCCACCGAAACGACGGGAAAACUUCUACCUUCUUCUGUCGAACAGACAAAACCGUGCUGAUUUCUCGGAAUCAUUAGAAAUCGAAUCUAAACUGAAAGACUUGGGAAUUAAUGUGAAUCAGGUAAAGUGUGGCGAGUUUGUGGAUGAGGAUGGUUACACGACCAUGGACGGUCCGCCAUUAGACUUUUGUAUCGAGACAGGACCUCAGUUUCUUCAAUCUACUUACGUGUGAUGAAAGCCAUCAUGUGUUUUGUAGGUUUUGUCACCUCUAUCACAUACAAAUCAUACACAUUUACCUUGUGCAAUUUUUGCCACUUGACAAAUACGUGCAAUGACGUCACUUGGCAUGACAAAUGGAUGCUUUUGAUAUUAUUUAUCUGAAUAGAUAAAAUACCACCGUUUUGUUACUGAUACUGAUCUCAAAAUAUUUUACUGCAUUUCGUAUGAAUUUCGUUUGUGAGAGAUGUAUGACCUUGGGAAUAUGCAAUUAAAUAAGAUUUUCGUGGCUGUAAAAAUAAUAUUUAGCAUUAUCUUUGGCUUGUCACGUGACCUUUAUUGAAAUAAGUGUGUGAUAGACUUUCGACCUCGGCUGUACACAAGGAGAGGCUCAGUCGUUAUGACCGGCAGGGAAAAAGUGCUGACUUUCAUUCACCUAACAUAAGCUUGUCUCGAGGAACUCUUUAAUCUGUCUUAACUCGAGUCGUAAGACCAUCAAUGAAAACAGACCCACAGAUUACAAGAUAGUAACACUGAAAAGAAUCAUUUUAAAACUAGUGCUCAAAGUUUUAAAUGUGUACUUUUGAAUUGAAACUGACUUUAUGAACAGCAGAGCCGGAGGGAAAGCUUACUUUUACAUACAGGACUUGACUGUUUAUCCUUUUGUUUCCUGGAUGAUUUAAACUGCAGUAGGUAAUUAAAGUCAAACGGUUUAAGCAGAGAGCUACGUGAGGUAUAAGCCAAGUAGACCCGUUUGUGACAUGAUCCAACAUGUGAUCUGUGGGAAUGGGCGCUACUCGAUUGGUGUGAGAGGGAAAAGAAUUAUUAUUUAUGAAAGAGAGUGGACAUUUCGAAACUUCCUUAAAAUGAUUGUUUGAUAUGGCAUGUUCAUAUACAUUUUUUUUACAAAUGUAUGAAAAUGAUUAAAAAUGUU